UCUGUCUAUAGGAAAUGAACAGUUCUAUAUCAUAUCUUGCAUUUUUGUGCCCUUGUAGGAAACUGCUCAGCAGCAUCUCUGUCAGUGCACAGAAACCUUCCAAACAAAAACAAGGUCAUCCACUAGAAUCAGUUGUUCUUUGCUAUAAGGUACUGGUGAGACAUGGGAAGAGAGAAGGAAGCUAAAGGAGACGCGAAGACCAAGCACAAGUCGACGAAACUGAAGAGGCUGAGUGACCGCGAGAGCGCAGGUGCGGGGGAACAUUCUGCAGAGAAAACUACGUCUGCAGAGAAAACUAAGUCCACAAAGAAAACUGCGAAUGGAAAAUCUCAUAAGAAGGUCAAGACGCCGAAGACAGAGAGCGUGGAGGCAGCCAGCAGCGCCAGCGAGCCGGUGAAGCAAGAGCCACCGGAUGAUGACGACUUUACAACAAAGAAGAAAGGGUUGAAAAGGAAAAGAAUUAAAGACGAGCCCGUGGAAGGCAUCUCACAGUCUCCUGCUUCACCUACCUUAAAGAAAGAAAACAAGGAACAUGGCCACGAAGGAGGAAGCGACGAAGACGCUCCGAAAAAGAAGUCAAAGAAGAGAACAGAGAAGACGGUAAAGAAAGAAGAAGGAGAGCAUCCGGUGGCGAAAAAACCGAAGAGGACAAAGGAGGAGAUCGAGGAAGCAAGACAGUUAAAGAUCAAAAAGAAGGAGGAGGAGGAGCAGAACCGCUGGAGAUGGUGGGAGGAGGAGAAGUAUGAAGAUGGGGUGAAAUGGAAGUUCUUGGAACACAAUGGGCCCUACUUCCCUCCUGAGUACCAGCCGCUACCUGACAAUGUUCUCUUCUACUAUAAUGGUAAGAAGGUGAAGCUGAGCCCCACAGCAGAGGAAGUGGCGCUGUUCUUCGCCCAGAUGUUGGACCACGAGUACACCACGAAGAAGGUGUUCCGGGAGAACUUCUUCAAAGAUUGGAGGAAGGAGAUGACCGACGAGGAGCGGACGCUGAUUCGAGAUCUGGAAAAGUGUGACUUCGGAGAAAUGCAUGCCAUGCAUAAAGCCAAGGUGGAGGCCAGAAAAAACACGACCAAGGAGGAGAAGCAGGCUUUAAAAGAGGCCAACGAGAAGAUAGUGGAUGAAUACGGUUACUGUCUGCUGGACCACCACAAAGAACGCAUCGGAAACUUCAAGAUUGAGCCUCCAGGUCUGUUCAGAGGUAGAGGCGAGCAUCCCAAACAGGGCAUGCUGAAGAAAAGGAUCCAACCAGAGGAGGUCAUCAUCAACUGCAGCAAAGAAUCCCGUCUGCCGGUGCCGCCUGCUGGUCACCGCUGGAAGGAAGUUCGACACGACAACUCUGUGACAUGGCUGGCCAGCUGGACAGAAAACAUCCAGGGCUCCAUUAAAUACAUCAUGCUCAAUGCCAACUCCAAACUCAAGGGAGAGAAGGACUGGGAGAAGUACGAGGUCGCUCGGAAGCUCAAGACGUGUGUGGACGACAUCCGCAACCAGUACCUCCGCGAUCUGAAGUCCAAAGAGAUGGUGACACGCCAGAGAGCCGUGGCCCUGUACUUCAUAGACAAGCUGGCCCUGAGAGCUGGUAAUGAGAAAGAGGAGGGAGAGACAGCGGACACGGUGGGCUGCUGCUCGCUUCGCAUCGAGCACAUCACCCUGCACGAGCAGCUCGACGGCAACGAGUGUGUGGUGGAGUUCGACUUCCUGGGUAAAGACUCCAUCCGUUAUUACAACAAGGUCCCCGUCAUCAGGAAGGUUUUUAAAAAUCUUAGACUUUUCAUGGAGAACAAGCAACCUGGAGACGACCUGUUUGACCGCCUUAAUACCAACGUCCUGAACAAACAUCUGAGUUCUCUGAUGGCCGGUCUGACUGCGAAGGUGUUCAGGACGUAUAACGCCUCCAUCACCCUGCAGCAGCAGCUCAAGGAGCUCACAACCAAGUCCGACAACGUGGCAGAGAAGCUGCUGUCCUACAACAGGGCGAACCGAGCGGUUGCUAUUCUCUGCAACCACCAGCGGGCGCCGCCAAAGACCUUUGAACAAUCUAUGGCUAACCUUCAGGCCAAGAUUGAUACCAGGAAGGAGCAGCUCGCCCUCGCUAAGACGGAGCUGAAACAAGCCAAGAAGGAGGCCAAGAACAAAGGCAGCUCAGACCCCAAGCUGCAGACGAUGGUGGAACGGAAGAAGGCAGCAGUGAAGCGCUGUGAGGAGCAGCUGCUGAAGAUGGAGGUCCAGGCGACGGACAGAGAGGAGAACAAGCAGAUUGCUCUGGGCACCUCGAAGCUCAACUACCUGGACCCACGGAUCAGCGUGGCCUGGUGUAAGAACGUGGAGGUACCUGUAGAGAAAAUCUACAACAAAACCCAACGGGAUAAGUUCGCCUGGGCCAUCGACAUGACGGAGGCAGACUUUGAGUUCUGACUUUAAACUCCCAAGACUCUCAUAAGCCGACACCACGAUGCAAUUAAGGAAACCAUUGACUCCAUAUUACAUACAGUACUUUAAUAUUGCAUUUAUUGUAUGUUCAUGGACUACUGAUGUUCAUGAGGUUGUGUGACACCAUCAAGCUCUGCCCUAGUGUUGUUUUGUUUACUUCUGUUCAUUCGUUUGGUGCGUUUGGCACUUUAUUUUGAAGAUUGCUGUUGGUUGCUUUUGUUUGCAUUAAUUUGAAUAAAGGUUUUGCAGUGAAGCGA